GGUUGUAAACGCGCCACAGGUACUGGCACUGCAUCUCUGGUAACGAUAGAAGUGCAGGUGCAAAUUGAAUUUGAGUAGGCUUCUGUGAUCUGCACAUAUGACGAAAAGGAGGGCAGAGGGAGCAAUUUACCAUGACUCGCCUCAUAAAAGACUGUGCUUCCAGUCCCUAUACAACAACGACACCGCGUUGCCCGCUUUACGAGUUGUCCAAGACGCAGACGCACCGUCGUUGCUCUCUUUCUUAAGUAGCCAUUGCAGAAAGCGAAAUGUUUUCGAUGACCGAGAAAUGCAAGAGUCGUCUCGACCGCGAAAGAGAUCUUUUAAAAACAAGACGAGCUGGACAGCCUUGACUGACAAUGAGAAGAAUUCUGGAAGGUUCCAGGAGGCAUGCGUGCAGUCUGCACAGCAGGUUGCUUCAAAGAAACGCCCACGCGAGGAGACCCAGCUGCAAGGAUCAGAAAAUGUUCCAAAUGUGACAGAAAAAGCAGAUGAGGACUUGAGUACUUUCAACACAUUCCUAUUUUGGAGACCCCCUCUGCCAGAGCUUGACAUGUCAUUGCUGCAGGACGCAGAACCUCCAGAGCCCGCCGCAGCACGAGACAGCAGAGACAGCGAAUCCAUGGAGACAUGAAGAUCAAAUGACAUCGUGAGGAUCGGGUGGGAGAAGAGGAUGGUCAAGUUCUGUAUAGUCCAAACCAAAGAUUUUAGAGCAGAGCUCUAACUUUAGCUUUAACUCAUAGCGCUGUAGAUCUAGAAUCUUUGGUUCAGACCAUGAGUGCAUUGAUCUGAGCUGGAAGACUAAUACACUCAAACAGAUCUUUGUCUGCAGACAUCAAGUGACUUGUCCGACUAUCUGAACAGUAUGCAUACUCUCCUAGAGGACUAGGACAUCUAUAGUGUACAAACGUAGAUUAAAUAAACCUAAAUAAAUGCCCAAACAAUCAUCACUUUAUGGGAGUUAUACAUCAACAUUUGUUUGAAAUAUAAUUGAUUGGCUUUUGAUAGCAGUUUUACGUUCUCUGAGAACUGGAUUUCUUUUUCUUUUUUUAAUGUGAAUAUUGACAAGAUCAGUGUUAUUCCUUUCUCAUGAUACCUGUUACUUUAUAUAGUAGGUUAGGAGUUGCCACCUCACAGCUUUCAGAGGACUAUAGGGUGUUGAAAUAACACUACCGUGUUUGCUCUAAUGCUUUGUCAUUGCAAGUUGGAGCAGGGAUGUGUACCCAAUAACAAUUAUCUGUUGUCUUCGUAUAAAAGGACAUACAUGUUUUCUUUUGUACCUGUUCAGUUUCAGAUGUUCUGCUGUAUUAUGUUAGUGGAGAGUGAUCAGCAUAUAUGUAAGAGAACUCUGCAUGAACUGCCACUGCCAUAAUGUUCUGUAUAGCGAUUGCUUUUUGGCAAUUAAACAUUUGUUUUUCCUAUA